GUAUUAUUAAAAAGCACAAAGCAGAGAAGCAGCAUCGUAGUAUAUUUGUUUACUCUAUACUCUGUUCCUCCUCACAAGUCAAAAUAGUCGGUACAAAUCCCAAAGCUCUCUUCUUUCUCUCCUUUUUUUUUUCCCCCAUUUUUCAACAUCCUUCAAUCUCACCUGUGACCUGUCUGCACCCAAAAAAAAUGUUCACUGUCUCUUUUUAAGUACUGGGAAGCUUUCAUUGUCACUCCUUUAAAAUGGAACAAGUGAAAAAAGCUUCCUAUUUCUCCAUGAUUCUUUAGUAAAACUGCCAUAACUGUCUUUCAAUGUUUUUCAUCUCCAAUUCUUCUUGGUCUUCUGGGCUUUUAGCUCUUUGACCAAAGCUUUAUCAUUAUGUUCUUUUGAAUUUGAGAGAAAAAAAAAAGGAAAAAGGAAGAGUUUUUCUUUGUAGAAAAUGGGAGCUGAUGAAGGAAUGGGAUGGGCACCAAAUGGGGCGCCAUUGGAUAUACAGAGAGAUGAUCAUUGGAGACAUUUUGAUAAUUCGGUUAAUGCGGUGUCGUUCGGGUUCGUUGCCACUGCUAUUCUCAUCUCCAUGUUUCUUGUUAUGGCUAUUUUCGAGAGGUUCCUCAGACCAACUUCUUCUUCAGCUUUGACCCCUUCUUCUGCCGCCGGCGGCCGUCACCACCGGCAUCUUCCUCAUGAUAUUGAGCAGUCUCGUAUUGGGUUCACCGGAAAACUUUUCCAUCCAUCCCCAAAAGUAUCCGUAAAUGCCAAAGAGGUGUCAGUUUUGAUGCCUGGAGAAAAUAUGCCUACCUUCAUUGCACACCCUGCUCCUGUGUCGGUGCCGGUGCCGUGCCCACCAGAGCCCAUCCUUUGGCCUCCUCAUCAACAUUAUUCAUUUCCCAAUGGAUUCCGGCACCCCAUUUCAACUGCAACGGCAUCUGGCUCCGUUUAACAUGGCAUCAGGCUGGAUUGCAUUGGGGCAGUUUAUGUAGACAAUCAUUUUGUAGCCGCCUUGUGCCAAAGUGACUCAAGUCCACGAGUGAAUCAAUGUUGGACUAUGGAAGGUGCCUAAUAUUUUGCCUCGUAGGCUCUUUAAAUGGUGUACAUAAUAUAUUAGUACGAGAGAGAGAGUAUUCGAAAUUCUAAAUAUCAUUAUCUUAGAUGGCAGCGGAUUUUCUACCACACUUUUUGCCCUAACAUAUGCGGAUUGUUGCUUCUUCUAACUGUUGUUUGCUCGGUUGAGUUUCGUUUCCUCCGAUAAUAGAAAUCACAGUUUCACGGAUAAAAUAACUAUUGGGCUACAAAAUUUCUCCCGAUUUGGUAGUCUACAUAGGCCCAGUUGACUCACCAAAUCAUGUUAUUGACCACCAUUUGUAGGUAAUACCGCCCAAUAGAAUGACAUGGGCAGUGCCCUACCACAUAUCAAAGGGGCAGCCCAAUUCCAUUCGGUGUUGCUUUCAGUUUUCCCCUUCAACCUAAUAAAAUAAUGCUUUCUUUUUGUUGAAGUCCAGUUUGGUUGGCUGGCGCCGGUGAAUGGAGCAAAGCGCGCGAGUUGCAGCAAGCAAGAGAUAUGCACAUAUUUGAGCACCAACAGAAGAUUUACACAGGAGUUGAACUUUUGCGAAUCUAUGAGUUUAACAACCUAUAAGUUUAUGAACUUUUGCAAGUUUUUGAGAGUUCUUCUUUCUUUCUUUCUUUUUUUGUUUUUUUGGAAAUUUUCCAGAGAAAUUUCUUACAACAAGACCCAUGCAAUCACCUUUGGGAGUGUCUUCUCAAUUGUGAAGGGUUUAGAUCUGUCA